AUGUAUGUAAAAGGAAUUUGUAUUCCGAAUAUUAUAAGUAAUAUUGUAUUUUCAAUUAGUUAUAUCGCAAGGUUUAUAAUUGGAACUGUUACUUCAUUUAAAAACAAAAGUAUAUUUAGAACCGAGAAGUCUUCACCAUUCAUUAUUAGAUAUAAGAAGUUUUGCAAAUAUAUUAAGUAUAGGACAUUAUCACCAUGGCAUGUAAAACCAGGAUCUGUAAGAAUUCAUUCACAUAUUGGUAUUAAUAAUAAUAAUGAUGAUUUAAAUAAUAUAGAGAAUAGUACACUUUCAUUACUUAUUUAUAAUCCUUUAUCACCUGAAAUAGUUCCAUUAAAAGUGUUAGUAAAUGCAUAUUCAUUUGGUUGCAUACGUUUAAAAAUUGAUGAAAUAGAACCACUUAUUAAUUUUAAACGUUUUAAAUUUGAAACAAAUGAAGUCAUAAUGGAUUCUUUACUAGAUAAUUUUCUUAUUAAUAAUAAUAAUGAUGUUGAAUUAGAUAUAAAUGAUAUGAAGGGAAUAGUAAAACUUAGUUAUACUAUUGAUGAAUAUAGUGAAAAGUUAUAUAAUCAACAUAACAAUACUUAUAAAUUUAAAAGUACAGAAAAUAAGUUUACAAUAAUAAUAAAUUUUAGCCCUUUUAGUAUUGAAACUUUUUUUAAUAAUGAAAAUAUACAUAGUAUUAAUUAUAAUGGUCAUUUUAAUUUCGAAAGGGUUAGACCUUUAAUGAAGAUAGAUAAGAAGGAAGAUUCAAUACAUAAUAAUAAAAUAACAAAUAAUAUGAAAAUAGAUGAGAUUUUUAAAUUUAUUCAAAUAAAAGAGAGAAAUAAUAAUUUUAUAUAUAAUUUAUUAGGAAUUAUUAUAAAAUAUUUUGGAUAUGACUUUAAUAUUUUGAAUAUAAAGAAUGAUAGUAUUAGAGAAUAUAGAUUCAGUAAUCAAAUUAUUGAUGCAUAUAGUAUAUAUAAUAACAAUGGUUGGUUUGAUAUUUUUGAUGGAUAUCCAGAUUACAAAGUAUAUGGACCAACAGCUGUAGGAACUGAUAUCAGAUUUCAUUUAACUCAUAAUAUUUAUGGAGGUGCUGAACGAAGUACAAAUAUUAAUUUGGAUGAAUAUGAAGAUUCAUAUAGAUUCUAUAAUUUAGAUGUAUUUACAUAUGAGUAUAAUAAACCUAAUUCUCUUUAUGGUAAUAUUCCAAUAUUAAUAGGAGUAUAUAAUAAUGAAUAUAAUGAAAAUUGUAGGAUUUCUGGUAUAUUAUGGAAUAAUCCUUCAGAUACAUUUAUGAGUAUUAGAAGAGGAAGAUUAUCAAAGAUAUCUUCAAAAACACAAAAUGAAUUAUAUACAGACUCAUGGUGGAUAUCUGAAACUGGUAUAAUGGAUAUUUUAUUGUGGAUGUCUGAUUCAAUAAAAAAUUUUUAUUUUAUAUAUCAUAUGAUUACAGGAUUUCCAAUGAUGACCCCUAGAUUUGCACUUGGGAAACAUCAAUCUCGUUGGAAUUAUUUUACACAAGAAGAAGUUUUAGAAUUAUCGCAAUUAUUUAAUCAAUUUAAAAUUCCAAUGGAUGCUAUUUGGUUAGAUAUUGAACAUUUAGAUAAAAGACAAUGUUUUACUUGGAAUAAAACAAAAUUUCCAGAUAUAGAACUGAUGUUAAAUAAGUUAGAUGAUCAAAAUAGGACUUUGGUAAUAAUAGCAGAUCCACAUAUAAAAAUUCAAGAUUUAUUAGAAUCUGAGGAAAAUGAAUAUUUUGUUUAUAAUAUAUUAGAAAAUAUACAAGAUACUCAUGAAUUAGAGUUUGAUACAUGUUAUAAAAAAUUGUAUAAUAUUUCAAAAUUAUCAAAUUGGGUUAGAGUAUAUAAUAAUGAGCAAUGGAAAGAUUUUAUUGGCUUAUGUUGGCCUGGUAAAGUAAAAUAUCCUGAUUUUUUGAAUCCAUAUGUAUUAGAUAUAUAUUCAAAGUUUUAUAUACAUAAAUAUUAUUCUAAAGGAUUAAAUUUGGAAUUUUGGAUUGAUAUGAAUGAACCUUCUGUAUUUUCAAGUCCAGAAUUAACUUUACCAAAAUAUUCAUUUCAUUAUAAGAAUAUAGAGCAUAGACAAGUACAUAAUAUAUAUGGAUUAAACCAUCUCAAAUCUACAUUUAGGGGGAUACUUACUGCUAAUUUAAAGUUAACUACUAGUAGAUGCAAUAAUGAAGAUUAUAAGAAGUUAGAAAUAGAUUAUCUUAAAGAAGAAAGGGAACUUAAUAAUAUAUUUAAUAAAGAUUUUAAAUAUGAAAAAAAUUAUUCAGAUUUAAUAUUAAAAUUUCAGAUUAUCCAUGAAGAAGAUAUUUGGGAAAUUUGUGAUUUAUAUGAUAUUCAACGUCCUUAUAUUUUAACUCGUUCUUUUUAUAUUGGAUCACAUAGAUUUGGUUAUGUGUGGACAGGUGAUAAUGAAUCAUCUUGGAAAAGCUAUCAAGCAGUUAUACCAAUGAAUUUAAUUAAUUCAAUAUGUGGUAUUUCAUAUACAGGUUCAGAUGUGGGAGGAUUUUAUGGACAUCCUUGUUCAUGUUUAUUUAUAUAUUGGCAUAAAUUAGCAAUUUGGUUUCCAUUUUAUCGUAGCCACUCUCAUAUUGAUUCCCCAAGACGUGAACCUUGGGCUUAUAAUGAUGAAGUUCUUGAGAUAGUAAGACAGCAAAUAUUAUUAAGAUAUGAGCUUAUAUCUUUUUGGUAUACUGCAGCAUCAAUAUAUUCAUUUAAAGGGCAACCAAUAAUAACUCCUGUAUUUUGGUUAGCUAAAAGUAUAGGUCAAAUUGAUGAAAUACAAAGAAAAAAAAUUGAAAAUUCUUCUUUUAUAGUAUCAGAUGUAUUUUUGAUUUCUAUAUAUUCAGAUAGCUCUUUUAAAAAAUGUAGAUGUUCUGAAGAUCAUAUAAUUCAACCAAUAUAUUUACCUUUAAUUACUGAAGAUACAAUUUGGUAUGAAUUUAAGAAACUUAAAUAUCAUAUUGUUCAAUCUAACAAACAUUUUGUUGAUUAUUCUUAUAAAUUAGAAGAUUACACACCAUGCUUUGUUAAACAAUCAAGUAUUAUUACACUACAAAAAGACUUAGUUCAUUCAUCUAAAUUGCAAAAUAAGUUCCCAAUUCAAAUUGAAAUAUUCCUCCCAAUUUAUCAAGAUUCCCCUAUUAUAUCUACUGGGAAGAGUUAUCUGGAUGAUGGGCAAUCAUACAAUUACUUAAAAGGGGAAUUUCUUUGUAUAAAUUGGAAAGUUAAAAAAGUUACAGAAUUUUCGGAGUUAUGUAAUUUAUCUAAUAGUCAUCAAUAUUCAAAGGGUAGUUCUCUUGAAGAUGAAUUUGAACACUCUAAAACUCAAAAUAUUUAUGAGUUCUCGGGUGAAUAUGAAAGUAUCAACCUUAUAAAUUCAAAAAAGAAACAAUUUCAAGUUAUAAAUUCAGAUCUAGAAGUGAUUAAGAAUAAAUGGAGUUCAAGAAUGGAUCUUAACAUAAACACUAUAAUAAUUAAUGGAUUAAAGGAACAACCCAAAAAUGUCUACUUUUUUAAAGACAAAACCAAGAAAUACCUUGAGUUUACAAUAGAAAAAAUAGUCCCAGAUACAAAUUCUGAAUUUGGAAUAUAUAGGAAAUUAGAAUCUUUAUUUCAGCUUGUUAUUCAUUCUGCUGACAUUAAAAUUGAUAAUCUUGAUUGGAACCUUAUAAUAGAAACUCAAAAUACAAAUACAUAA